CGCCCCUCCCCCGCGCCGCGCUCAGUGCCAGGCGGGAGGCGGCAGCGGUUGGAGGGUUUGCCGGGCUUUGCAGCUGGGACUUCGGCGGCGCCUCAGGCACCUCGGCCUGAAACCAUGCGGCGAGUGGUACGACAGAGCAAGUUCCGGCAUGUAUUUGGACAAGCCGUGAAGAAUGACCAGUGCUAUGAUGACAUCCGGGUUUCUCGUGUGACCUGGGAUAGCUCCUUUUGUGCUGUCAAUCCCAGAUUUGUUGCCAUCAUCAUAGAAGCCAGUGGGGGAGGAGCAUUCCUGGUGCUCCCUUUGCACAAGACCGGUCGAAUUGACAAGUCCUACCCUACAGUAUGUGGCCACACAGGACCAGUGCUGGAUAUAGACUGGUGCCCUCACAACGAUCAGGUCAUUGCCAGCGGCUCCGAGGACUGCACAGUUAUGGUGUGGCAGAUCCCAGAAAAUGGACUUACCCUUUCCCUGACGGAACCUGUGGUGAUUUUGGAAGGCCACUCGAAGAGGGUCGGCAUCGUGGCCUGGCAUCCGACGGCCCGCAACGUUCUUCUUAGUGCAGGCUGUGACAAUGCCAUUAUCAUCUGGAACGUGGGGACAGGGGAAGCCCUGAUCAACCUGGACGAUAUGCACUCAGACAUGAUCUACAACGUGAGCUGGAACCGCAACGGCAGUCUCAUCUGUACCGCUUCCAAAGACAAGAAAGUGCGAGUCAUCGACCCAAGGAAACAGGAGAUUGUUGCUGAGAAGGAGAAAGCACACGAAGGAGCCAGGCCCAUGCGAGCCAUCUUCCUGGCUGAUGGCAACGUCUUUACCACCGGCUUCAGCCGCAUGAGCGAGCGGCAGCUGGCACUCUGGAACCCGAAAAACAUGCAAGAACCGAUCGCACUUCACGAGAUGGACACGAGCAACGGGGUGCUGCUGCCUUUCUAUGACCCCGACACCAGCGUCGUGUACCUGUGUGGGAAGGGUGACAGCAGUAUCCGCUACUUCGAGAUCACAGACGAGUCCCCGUAUGUUCACUACCUCAACACAUUCAGCAGCAAGGAGCCGCAGAGGGGCAUGGGCUACAUGCCCAAGAGAGGACUGGAUGUCAACAAAUGUGAGAUUGCCAGGUUCUUCAAGCUCCACGAGAGAAAGUGUGAGCCUGUCAUCAUGACAGUCCCCAGGAAGUCCGACCUUUUCCAGGAUGACCUGUACCCCGACACAGCAGGGCCAGAAGCCGCGCUGGAGGCUGAGGAGUGGUUCGAGGGGAAGAAUGCCGAUCCCAUCCUCAUCUCCUUGAAGCACGGCUACAUUCCUGGCAAAAACAGGGAUCUCAAAGUGGUCAAGAAGAACAUUCUGGACAGCAAGCCCACAGCAAACAAGAAGUGUGACCUGAUCAAUGUCCCCAAGAAAAGCACAGACACGGCCAGCGUGCAAAAUGAAGCCAAGUUGGAUGAGAUUUUAAAAGAGAUCAAAUCUAUAAAAGACACAAUCUGCAAUCAAGAUGAGCGCAUUUCCAAGUUAGAACAGCAGAUGGCAAAGAUAGCCGCCUGAAGGCCCGCCCCUAACCCUUGGGAGCAAGAACUUGUGCUGGGUAGCUGGCUGUUGGUGUGGUCCUCGGGCGGGGGGGGGGGCGGGGGGAAGGGAGGCACUGCCAUCUGGAGACAUUCCAUUCAGAUCUGUCAACCAGCGAUAGGCCACAUUCCAGUAGGAACUCAAUUCCUCUCCUAAAUUUGCAAAAUCAAGAGCUGAGCUUUUUUUAUCCGAAAGCUUUUUUGACGUUUUAAGUGUUAUGUGACUUGUUGAACUUUUAAAAGACAAACGUGCUACUUUUAAAAUCCCAGAUCUUCUGAAUUUUAGAAAACAAAUCAAUUCUGAUUCAGUGUCGUGCCCAAGUACCUUUUUUUUUUUUUUUAAUGACUAGGGACCAAUGCCACAUUGCUUUUUGUAUUUCUUUUUUUU